AUGAGUUCAUUGCCUUCAGAUAUUGUACUCCCGCCAAAUGAGAUUAAACAAACCAUUGAAAAGACGGUUGGGUAUGUCAUCAAGAAUGGUAAAUCAUUUGAAGAACGUUUACUAAAUAAUAACAAAAACGACAAAUUUGAUUUUAUUAAUCCAGAUAACGAGAACUAUCCUUAUUAUAAAUGGAAAUUAACUACAUUACAGGAUCAAGCGGAGAAAACUCCAGAUGAAUCCCAAAACGACCAAGAUAUUAUCAUACCAACACCUAGGGAGCUAUCAUUUUUAAUUGAAUUACCUGUUAUUUCAAAAUAUGACUUGGAUGUCAUCAAAACCACGGCGCUUUACAUAGCACAGAAUGGGAAAGAAAAAAUUCCUGAUCUACUAAAUCAUGAAACCGUGUUAGGAAAGAAAGCUCAAUUUGAGUUUUUGAAUGAUUCCCAUUCCUUGAAUUGUUUAUUUCAGAAAUAUGUUGAUCAAUACAAGUCGAUUAUAAAGUUAUACAAGUCUGAGAACCAUCCAUUACAGAAACGUAUACUUCCAAAACAGCAACAUUUUACAAUGCUAACCGAAGCUUAUGAUAGAGCACAAUUCAUUAAACAAAACACCGUAAAUGAAAAGAAAGCUCAAGAAGUCGAAAGAGAGCGUCAAUUACACUAUGCUCUGAUUGAUUGGCAAGAUUUCACAUUAGUGGCUAAAGUAGAUUUUGAUGCUAUUGAUGAAGUUCAAGAAUUAAGUGUUCCUUUGAAACGAGAUGAUUUGAUAAAGAGGUCUCUUGAAGCUAAAAGCAAAGAAGUGGAAUUACCAAAGGCGGCUGUUAUACAAAGGGAGGAGCACAAGGAAGAUGAACCAAAAGAAGUAGAAGCGGCUGUAGUGCCAGGCCCAUUUAAAGGAAUGAAGAUUAAACCUGCUGGUACAUCGAGGUUAAAGAAAUCAUCCACUCCUGCAUCUACAGCAAAAUCCACCAUCAAAUGUCCAAUUACUGGUAAGUUGAUCCCAGAAUCAGAAUUUGAUAAUCAUCUACGUACAUUAUUACGAGACCCAAGAUAUAAGAAAGAACAAGAGAAUUAUAUCAAGAAGAAUUUCACUUAUGCUUCUAAUAUAACAACCGAUCAGGUGUAUGAGAAUAUUAAACGACUUGUAAAGAAAAGAUCGACUAAUGAAGAUGGGCAACAAAGUAAAAGACCUAAAUAG